CGCUAUUCUGUCUGAGUCUGAACAAGAAAUGUCAAGUUUGAGACACAUGCCUGCUAAAGCCAUGUACACAACUACUUGGAUGAAUUAUUUAGAAGAGGAGAGAAGGAACUUGACUAACGAUGUGGGGCCGCCGCCACGACGAGCUGAUCCAGAUUGAAUAUUUCAGGGAACAAUAAUAAUUUUAAUUCUCUGGAGUGAUAGGUAGGAUGCACUUCCAUGUUGGUACUAGCGGGCCAGUCUCCGCUUGCGCAAUCUUCGUGCUUCUGCUGAUCGGUGUGCACGUACACCAGGCGUGCUGUGCCGAUAUUGAGCUACUGUUGAGCGAUAGUACCGAUGGAACGUACAAUAUCAGCAUCGAUGGUGUAUUAUGGCUACGCAAUGCACCCACGCGUGUUCACCUGAACAACAAGUGGUAUUCCAGUGAUCCUGAUGAAGGAGAGGAGAAGUUGAAGCUGGUAGAAUCGACGGGCUCGUCUGGGCAUGAUACCCUGGGCCAAUGGCAGAGCUCAUCAUCUCACUGGAUGGCUGGAGACGUACCGUUCAUCACAACCAACAAGCUCUACCCGACCGAGAAAGGACUGGCAUCGGACCUGAUCAUCUUUGAGCAAACAUACCCGGAAGGAGGCGAGGGGACGUCGAUAGACGACCGCGAUGCACCAUCGUCCGCGUAUCCGUCGUUCAUGACCAAGGAUGGUGAUGGACUGUUCGGCAAGCUGGGCUACCUGUCAUUCCACGGUGGCAUGUCAGCUGGUAUUCUGUGUGGACAGUACGACCCACACUUUGGCGGAUCCGAGACCAGCCAGAUAGCCCUGAUGGACGCCAGUCUGCGUACAGUGAUUCUGUCUCCACUCGACGGCUUCCUGACGCACGUGAUGAACGGCAAGGCCGACGCUCUGAACAUGGGCGUUGGCGGCAUGUACGCGUCCGUGUGGAAGAACUACACUGUACGGUCCGUGCUGUACGCCGGCUAUGGCGUGCGUGACACGUUCAUGCGCUGGGGAGACACGCUGCUGCUCUGGAACGGCGGUAAGCAGCGCACGAGCACACAGGCCGACGUCUUCACCAGUCGCCUUGGUUACAGCACCACGGGGAUGUACUUCUACAACCCGUGUGACGGCAGCACGCUGCCACACUGCAAGAACUACGAGGACACCAUGGUGCAGGUGGAUGAGUAUCGACGGAGUGCCAACAUACCGUACGGAUACUACCUACUGGAUUCCUGGUGGUACGGGGAAACAACCUACGGUGGAGUGAAGUGGUGGGAGGACAUCCCGGAGCUGCUCAGCGAGCGAUUUCCACACGGUCUUCAGUGGCUGUCAGAGAAACUGGCCCUACCGUUCAAAUGUCACCACGGCAUGUGGAGCAAGCAGACACCGUAUCCGAAGAACUAUACAUUCGUCAACGAUACCAAGGGUGACUGGAUGCCGUACGGCCCGGAUGUGUGGGACUAUCUCUUUCCCAGCGGUAACCAGUGGGGCAUGCAGUGCAUCAAGCAAGAUCAUAUCAGCGAGCAGGUGCAAAUGACUCCGUUCUACAGCGACCUGACAGUACCCGACGCCUGGCUGAUGGGCCAGUCGGGCGCCGCUAGCCGCAGCAAUGUGGCCAUCAGCUACUGCAUGUCAUUCCCCUACAUCACUCUUAACAGUGUGCGUGUACCCGCAGCGACGCAUCAACGCCUUGGCUCGGACUAUCUGCCUCGCUUGAACGAGCGGAACUGGAAGAUCGGAGCCCAGAGCAUCCUGGUGUACUCUGUCGGCAUGCUGCCAUACAAGGACACAUUUCUAUCUAGUGCUGAGGAGACAGCACACUCUGGAGAGAAGUUCAAAGGCUUCCAUGAGCUGGGUUCUCACUUGCAUGCUGUAGUGUCUAUACUCAGUGCAGGCCCGGUUGCACCUGCGGACGCGGUGAACGGUUCAGACAUUGAUCUGUUGAUGUCCCUGUGUCGUGAAGAUGGACUGCUUCUGAAGCCGGAUCUUCCCGCCAUGCCGGUUGAUGCUACCUGGAAGAAUCGUGUGUUUGGAGACAAGUCAGCACCUGACGGAGAGCUAUGGACGACCUCCUCUACGUUUAACAUCACCUCAAGCAUUUUUAGUACCGAUCGCGAUAGCGUUGCUAUGCCGACCCAGCUGACCUGGCUGUACAUAUUCGCAUCCGACCUGAUGAACCAGCAAGCCGUGUCCACAGCAGGUCUGGGUAGCGGCAGUGAGUGUGUGGGAUACAGUACCAACAUGACCACUACAGGACAGACUAGUGCACUAGUCAUACACACCGCAGCCAGUCCAGCAAUAGAGAUCAACGCCACUGGCAGUACGUAUGGUGACUUUAGUCUGACGUACGUGGCACCACGCAUGCCCGGCGGCUGGACUCUUCUGGGAGAGCUGAACAAGGUCGUGCCCAUGUCACCGCAACGUGUCACACGGAUCACUGCCAACGCGACUACGGCUACGCUGACCCUGAGCGGGGUGAGUGGUGAGAAGGUAGCCAUGUCCUGGUUGGCUGCUGGUGAGACUACCAGUAAGACAGUCACAUGUUCCAUAGGUAUAUCCAAUACCAGUGCUCUCAUAUUACCAACUGGUGUUUGCAAUUCAGUCUAGCAUAAUUUGACAUAACUAUUAUGUCAAAUUUGAACUUCAGGAAUUGCUACAAUUAUAGAGAAGAAUAUUUGGUACAUCAUAUUAUGGACUCAGAUGGAGAGCCGAGGUUUAAUUUUUACAAAAGAGAAAGACCAAGGAGCUACAAGUAACGCUAUACUGUCCACUAACACCACCUUGUAAAACGUCAGUACCGUCGGUCAGUGUCGUGCAAUGUUAUCGCGUGAGCUGAUUGUUUAGUAACUGGUGGUGUUAGUGGACAGUAUAGCGUAACUUGUAGUUCCUUGGUCUUUCUCUUUUGUUACAUUAUAUUAUGCGUGCGAAUAAUGCCUGCAGAGAACAGCUUUGGCCUGAUUGUCAUCUUACUGAUUUGAUUGGACUUUCUGCCGUGUGACCUGCGGGCAUUGGGAAACGUAGCCUCACUUAUCUUGGAUCUUCUGGCAAACGGGUACUGAUGAAGAGCAGGUUAAUUUCCCAGCACUGUUGUCAUGCGUAUAGUUGCUUCUGUGCUUGCUUUUAGCCUCUUUUUGUAAUCUUUUAUUGGUUUUGCCCACUAUCCUCAGCUCAACGUAAACAGUAAAGCUUGAUUUUUGAGCCAUUUUUUGUUGUACAGUUUUAAUAUGUGCAUUUUGAAUUAAUUACCGGAUUUAUUCUGUACGCACACUGACAGUCAGCGUUUGUGAACGUUUGUCUUUGUCGGAUAGCCAACACCGCCGUCGCCGUGCAUUAA